ACAUUUGAUUGGACAAUGUUUCAACGUAAUUGUAAUUUGUCCAAUGGUAACACUCUUUACAACGAAAUUUAUCUCCCCAGCCUCCAUAUUCCUCGUGCGCACGACUGUUAAAUAUCAGUAUAACAAAGGCCUAGGGAACUUAAAAAGUAACAGAGCCAGAAAAUGUCAGAACCAGAUAACCCUUCAAGUGAUGCAGUUGAAGAAGUGGAAGAGGAAGAUCAUGCCGAAGAAAUAGGGGAAGGAGGUGAUAGUCAGGCAAUAGCAAAUCAGUUGAUGAAAAACCCUGGUGUCUUAGCAGCACUUCAAGAUAAGCUGUGUUCUAUUGUUGGUUCUCCGUCUGGUUAUAUUCAGAGUUUACCCAAGGAGGUCAAACGACGUAUCAAGGCUCUUAAAAAGCUACAGAAUGAGGUUAUUAAUGUUGAAGCUGAAUUUUAUAAAGAGGUCAAUGCCUUGGAAUUGAAAUAUGCACCAAAGUACUCACAGUUGUUUGAAAAGAGAAAAGAGAUCUUAACUGCUAGUAGAGAGCCCACUGAUGAGGAAUGUGAUUGGCCCAGUGAGGAAGAAGAAGAUGAUGAAAAGGAUGAGGAAGGAAAAAUAACUCCCGCUUCUCAACAGGGAGAACUAAAAGAUAAGCUUUGUAUUGAGGGUGCCAAAGAAGCAGGAGGGGAUAGUGAGGAGAAAAAACAAGAGGAUGUUAAAGGUAUUCCCAGUUUUUGGUUAACAAUAUUCAAGAAUGUAGAUAUGCUUUCUGAAAUGGUACAGGAACAUGAUGAACCAAUUUUGACACAUUUACAAGACAUCAAAGUUAUUAUACAUGAUAAAGACCCUGUAGGUUUCACAUUAGAAUUUCAUUUUGAGCCCAAUGAAUACUUUACAGACCCAGUACUAAUUAAACAUUAUGAAAUGCGCUAUGAACCAGACCCUCAAGAUCCAUUUUCUUAUGAGGGUCCAGAAAUCAUUAAGUGCACUGGGUGCAAUAUUAACUGGAUCAAAGGGAAGAAUGUCACUGUGAAACAGAUAAAAAAGAAACAAAAACAUAAAGGAAGAGGUUUAACAAGAACUGUUACAAAACAAGUUCAAGCAGAUUCUUUCUUUAAUUUCUUUAACCCACCUGCAGUUCCUGAAGGUUCAGAGUCAGAGAUGGAUGAAGAAGUAGAGGCCUUAUUGGGUGCUGAUUUUGAGAUUGGCCAUUUUAUAAGAGAGAGGAUAGUGCCUAGGGCAGUUCUUUUUUUCACUGGAGAGGCCAUAGACAAUGAUGAUUAUGAGGAUGAUGAAAAUGAGGAGAGCCCAAGCCCAGGUGAAGAUGAAGAAUAUGAUGAAGAAGCAGAUGCAGAUUUCAACCCUGAUGCCCAAGGCAAACCUAAUGAAUGCAAACAGCAAUAGAACUGUGAAUGAAUGGGCUACUAGUUUUAAAGAAAAUUGUGAUACUCAACCAAGACGAAACACAAACUUCACAAUUACUUCAGACAUAAAAGAUGUCCAAUGACUUGCUCCACUUUUUGUUUACUUCCAGAUAAAAUCUUUAAAUUUACAUAAAAACAAUAGUUUGUUAUUUUUAUCAUGUUGUCUGGUUUUUAAAUUUGGUGCUGCUUUUUCAUUGCAUUGUUGCAAGCAAAUACACUCUAAAUAUCUGUAGAACCUGUUAUUAAAGUAUAUUUUCUGGAAAUUAGAGUUCGU